AUGAUGUAUCAUACGCUCGCAAGAACAUUAUUGCUGUUUGGUUUGCUGUGUGCGGUGUCGCUAACGCGUGGAGAAGAAAGUCGUUUAACGUGUGGCAGACGUAGAGUGAAAUCGGUGUACCUCAUACACAACGGCAUUGAUGCUAAGGCAGGUCACUGGCCGUGGCAUGCGACAAUCUAUCAUCAAAAGGUUGGAAAGCAAGACUAUGCCUGUGGAGGUUCCGUACUGGAUGAGAAUACGGUUCUUACAGCGGCUCACUGCGUACAUACACAAAGAGGACUACUGGCAGCGCAUCGAGUAGUGGUGCACGUGGGACGCAUCCAGCUAAAUGAAGAGAGCGAACACAUACAGACACACAGUGUGCGGGAGAUAGUAUUGCAUCCCGGGUUCAGUAGAAAUAGCAUCAUGAACGACAUUGCUAUUCUGAAGCUGUCAACUAACAUCACAAUGACGAAGUACGUACAGCCGGUAUGCCUCUGGACCAUGGACAGCAAUCAGGAGACGCUCGUAGGCAAAAAUGGUACCAUCGUUGGAUUCGGGCUGAACGAGCAGGAUGUUGUAUCGAAUCAGCUAAAGCAGGCGCUGAUCGGUGUCGUGGAUGCGUUAACAUGCAUCGCAAGUGAUCGUGCCGUGUUCGGCACUCACCUGACCUCGGAUAUGUACUGCGGCAAAGGACAGCCGGGUGUGAGUGCGUGCAAUGGAGAUAGUGGUGGCGGUAUGUUUUUCGAAGUCGGAGGCAAAUGGUUCGUGCGCGGUCUGGUGUCAUUUACACCGCUGCGCGCCAAUACGACGAUUUGCGACCCGUUGAAGUACACCGCCUACACCGAUGUGGCGAAGCAUCUCGAGUGGAUUGUACAGCAUGUGGACCAACGGGUACUGUCGUUCGAGUCGGAUGUGCUGGAGAUAGACUAUGACGAAAAGUUACGACUGCUCAACUUUGAGACCUGCGGCCUGAAGUCGUCUACAUAUGUUAGCGAUAAUGUCAACUGGACAUUACCGUGGCUUGGAUUUGUCCGAGCAACGAACGAAUACAAGACGCGGUGUUUGGUCACGCUUAUAAGCGAAUGGUAUGCUGUAGGUCCUGCGUUUUGCUUCGAAAACGAUGGUAUUGAGGCUUAUGUGUUAUUUGGGAACGCAUUCCAUAGCACAACGCCAGAAUGUGUCGAUCGCAAUGGCACGACACUAUGUGCUGCGGCAAAGCAAACGUUACGCAUUCAACGGGUGAUCAAGCAUCCAAUGUUUGGAACGAACAGUUCGGUGGAUAAUAUCGCAUUGAUUGAGUUUCUGUACCCGGCCGACAUCACGCAACCGAACGUGCAGCCUAUCUGUAUACCUGUAAUGUCAGAACUCCGGUCAAACUCCAAGACGAAUUUACAUGUUGCAUCCGGCGCAUGGUCAAAUAAUGCCUACAAAAACAUACCCGUCACCUAUCUCAAUUCCACCGAAUGUGUGAGACAGUACGCUGGUCACAACAUUACGCUAAACUUGCAGGACAAACGACUCUGUGCCGUAGUAUCAAACAAACAGGACGAUCAAGAUUGUAGAUCACUGAUUGCAGGAUCUCCGCUGCAGGAAAUGAUAGUAUUGCGUAACAAGGAACGAUACUUUUUGCGCGGGUUCGAACUGGUUGGGACCGCCUGUCAAUCGAAAGUACCGCCCCUUUAUAACAGCGUAGAGACAUACGUGGACUGGAUACUGUACAACAUGAGGUAUAACGUGGCGGACCUCGAGGGCAUAGAAGUUAGGUCCGUUAACAACUCUUUAGAUGCUCAGUGGUUAAGCCUACAGCAAGAACCGGGCAAUGAGAAGCUGCGUCUAUUUAACAUGAGUUCCUGCGGUAUAUCGAAGCUUCGAAAUGAGCGUAUAGGCGAAAUCACCAUCCAUCCCUGGAUGGUGAUAAUUUGGGGCUUGGAUGACAUAUUGGGUCUAGGCGUGAAAACUCAUGGUGCGGGAGUUCUGAUAAGCGAAUAUUACAUUCUGACAAGUGCACAUGCGGUGCAACGAAAAGCGGCUUGGCGUUCAGUCAUUUUUGGAAUGUACAAUCUGUUACUACAGGCAGAAUGUGUCGGCGAUGAUUGUCCACAAUAUAAGUAUCAGGAAGCAGCCAUCAGAACUAUUACCAUCCAUCCAAAUUAUAGUAAAAAUCCUCGCAACUAUAAUAUUGCAUUGAUUGAGCUCGAACUGCCGGCCAACUUUACGAAGCCUAACAUAGGCGCUAUAUGUAUGCCAUUUAUACGGGAUCUACUCAAGAGUAAGCCAUUGGAUUUGGUAGUGACGGCGGGUGACUUUUACCUUAGGCACAAAUCAUUAACCGAGCUGAACUCAACGGUCUGUCAGCGGCAAUUGGCCCAAGAGGGCUUUCUAACCUCUGCAAAGACCGUACCAUGGUGUGCCGUGGAUGCGGUUCAACGUGGACAAGCACAAUUAUUGUUAAAUGCAGGUGCUCCAUUCCAAGCAUUACUGCAAUUCGAUGAACAUCCGAAAUAUUUCCUGAGAGGCAUCAACUUGCGCAAAGACUUUUCCAAUGAGUUGCCGUACUUACCGGAGCUAUUCACCAAUGUCGAACGGUUUCUCGAUUGGGUAGUGGAUAACAUGAGGUUUAAAGAGCUGAAUCUAACGUUUCCCUACGAGCCCGAGCGUACCACAGUGCCUACACGAGUGAACGUGACGCCAAUACAAAACUCUUCCAAGCGCAGCUUGGUUAAUUUCAACAACUGUGGAAUCAUUCCAGUUAGUAAUGAAACGACGAACAGAAGCUUCAUUCCAUGGAUGGGAUAUCUGUCCUCAAGUGACGUCCAUCUCAGUGAUAGUAAAGACUACAGAUGCGUCGUUACAUUAAUCAACGAAUGGUAUGCUGUCGGUGUACCGGUUUGUUUUGUCAGUAACAGCCAAAAUUACUCUGUGCUCUUAGGAGUUAACAGUGUCGAUGCACCGAAGGAAUGUACCGAGACGGAGGGCACAGCGUCGUGCAUUUAUCGUACACAACAAAUUCCAGUAGAAAAGAUCAUCAUCCAUCCACACUACAAUAGUUCCGGCUCUCGUAACAGCAUAGCGUUGGUGAAGCUUGCAAGAGCUGUCGAUACAUCACAACCCAAUGUGAAACCCAUCUGUCUACCCUUGUUGGAUGAAGUCCGCAGCUACGAUACAUCCAGCUUGGUAGAGGUAGCGGAAAACCAAGCCGGUUCCAUCUAUCGAAUAACCCGUGUCGAUGAUAGGUACAUAGAUUCCGCCGAAUGUCAAAAACGUUGGGAUGAUAUGGCCGUCCAGUUUGCCAUAGAAAACCACAAAAUUUGUACUCGGUUAGAAAUAGCGCCCAAUCAGGAAUGUUACGAUUACAUCAUGGGCUCAUCGCUCCAUACGAUUCAACGGAUGAACUCGGAAGAUAGACAUUUUCUGCGCGGUAUUCAAGAGAUCAAACCUAGAAUAUGUACCCUAUACCACCCGUUGGUGUACAUCAAUACGGAUCUUCACCUGGAGUGGAUAUUAGACAAUAUGGAGGAUAGAAGCUAUCAGCUCGGAUUGCCGUACGAUUUGAGAAAGAAACUGAUUUUUACCUCGAAAUGA